AUGUUUCUUAACAAGAGAUGGCUCAUCAAGUGCACAUGCCCUUUGUUCCAUAGCAUCUACAAGACCAAGGUUUGCGUUCGCAAUCACCCACACACUGUCAUUCAGGGAAAAGACGCUUCCAUCGCUCAUGCUUGGAAGGAACAGGUCUUUCCUGUGCGCUGGAUCAGCAAGCUUCUCUUGGUGGACGGCUCCAAUGAAGACGGUGUGCGUUUUGACACCGAAACCAUGGAUCUCCAGCCACUAUUUGGCGAACCUGUUCCUGAUGUUGAAGACACUCUUCAUGGUCACCCGUCAUCAUCCUCUUCCAAGUGGAGUCCGGUGGGUCAUGGUCGCUGGGAAAAAACAGCUGGCAAUUCUUCAGCAGAGCUGCAUGAUGGAAAGAACUAUGAGCCCACGCCCAAGGAGGUCGCGCAGUGGGACGUGCAAUUGCUGAAGUUUCACAAAGCCUCCGGACACCCCAGCAACCGAAACCUUGCCAGGAUCAUCAAAGAAGCUGGAAAGCAAGAGUGGCAAGUGCAACGUGCUCACCAACUUCGUUGCUCAGCAUGUGAAGCUGUGAAACUUGGAGGCUCAUCUUCAGGAAAGGUGCCACCGGCGGCAAUGAGCUCGCCCCCCAAGGCCUGGUCCACUGUCUUGGUUGACAUUGGAGAGUGGACUAUGAUGGCGCGAAAACAGAAGUUGAAGUUCAUGAUGGUGAUUGAUGGCGCCACCAAGUUUAAGGCCACACACCUCAUCAUGACUUACUCCCUCAUUGAGCAGGGUAAUGAGAACGCACAGCAAGUGAUCGAGGGCUUCAGUCACUGUUGGUUGGCUGACAAACCCCGUCCUAUGAUUGUGAUUCCCGGCAAUGCCUCAACUUUGCGAUCCACAGCUUUUCGAGAGUUUUGUGACAACAACAACAACAACAACAUUUGGCUUUCUUUCCCGGUUGAGAAAGAACCCUGGGCCCAUGGCAUAGCUGAGAGGGGCAUCCAAGAGUUGAAACUAGUCAUGGACAAGAUCUACAUUGAAGAUGCGACAUUGUCUGCAGCUACAAUUUUGUCUUUGGCUAUACAAGCUCCCUCAACGCUGUGGAGAACGUCCAUGGUUUUUCUCCUUUUCAGUGGGCCUACGGCCAGUCUUUUCACUGGACGGAUGAAGAUGUCGUCACUCAUGCUCAACUACGUGACGCUGAUGAGUUGGCCGACUUUUGGCCAUGCGGAAGCAAGCCGAAGAUUUGGCACGCAAAACUACAUCGACUUGACCAAUGAAGUUCCUGAGGAGACCGCCUUGGAGAUCACUGAGGACCUUCCUGCGGAGCCCAACAACAAAACAGGGGUCUCUGGUAGAAGGCUAUCUGGUAAACACAGUGAAGCUGCAGCGAAAGCUCUUCCACCGCUACCACCAGUGAAUGAAUAUGAAGAGAACAAGGGUCCACCUCCAGUUCCUGAUGACCUGGAGGAGACAGGCAACACUGAGACACCGGCGAUGUCUCGCCGUGGCUCAACAUCCACAACCAAGCCCUUGCUGGCGGAUUCUUCGGCGUCUUCUCUUGCACAGCCUGCUUCGCCGAGGCAGAUCCCGGCAGUUUCUCGUGAGACUUCAGUUGGUGGCGAUGCUCCAGAACCCAAGCGAGCCAAGACAGACUCUGAAAUGGAGACGGUCAGGUAUGAGAAGUUGACACCUGCCUUCAAGAAGCUCUUCGACCGGGCCAAAAACCGAGCCUUUGUGACUGCGGAAGCUGUCAGAAAGUGCACUGAAGCUGAAGAACGUGAAGGGUGGGAGUCUGGCCGAGUGAUCGGCUGCCGCUGGGUUUUGACCUGGAAGGAUGUCCCUCCAGAGGAUCGGCAACAUGCUGCCGAUGAUGCCACCAACAAUGACCAGACCCCGUUCACACCAAGUGGAGACCGGAAGAGCAAGGCACGCAUAGUGCACCUGGGCUAUCAGCAUCCAGAUUUGCUGAAGCCUGAGUUUCGAAGCUCUGCUCAGAUACAAGCCACCAUUUCUAGGUACUUGACCUUUGCCUUGACCGUGCAGAAUCAAUGGCGGAUUGAAGGGUUAGAUCUUUCAACGGCUUUUCUACAGACUGAAAAGAACCAAGAAUCACAACGUUUGUGGACACAACUUGCUCGUGAGCUACGUCAAGCCCUUGGAGUUUCAGAUGGUGGUUUGCUGCGAAUCCUCAAAGAUUCUUAUGGCUCUACCACCGCUCCACGUGGACUCUGGCGCGAUAUCGAUCGCAACCUGCAAAAACUUGGCAUUUGGAUGCUCAAGUACAGUCCUGACUUCACUGUUUCAGCAAAGAAGUCUAAGAGCAAAGGCCUGGACGCAGUGUCACAAAUUCAAUCCAUCACAGGCAAACGAGCUGAGAAGAACUUUGAGCCUAUGCAACAGAAUUGA